AUGGCCGGCGCUCGACCAACAUUGCAGGAUGUUAUGAGUGCCCUAGGAGUAAUAAGUGGGCGACUUACUGCAGUUGAGCAAAAAUUACAAUGCCUAGACAACAUGGAUCAGCGUAUGGCAAAAAUGGAAAAGGACAUUAAAACCCUUUGGUUGGCUCUUGACGAUAGAGUAAAAAAGGUUGACGAGCGCGUGUCGAGGCUCGAACACGUCACAGAGGGGACGGACAUUGCGGCGGCACAGGUCUCUAGCAGGAUCGACGGCCUUGAACGGGAGCGAGACAGCCUUCGGGACGAUCUCGUGUACAUGAAAUCGCAAAGUAUGCGAAACAACCUUGUAUUCACUGGCGUACCGGAAGUGGACAAAGAGACGCCUGAGGUCACGGAGUCGAUACUUCGAAAGCACAUUAACGAGGCUUUGAAUAUUGCAAAAGAAACGGCGGACACAAUUAAGUUCGAGCGAGUUCAUAGAUCGCCGGGGGAACAUACCCGUGGGAAAAUUCGUUCAAUAAUUGCCAAGUUUUCUUUUUUCAAAGACAAGGAAAUAGUGAGACGGCAGUGGAAGCAUCUCAAUGGGACAGGAUUUAACGUUUUCGAACAGUUUCCACCGGAAGUGGUUGCAAAACGUAGGAAGCUGCUUCCCAAGAUGAAAGAGGAAAGGGCAAAAGGCAAGCGAUCGUGGAUCGCUUAUGACACCCUGUACGUCGACGGGCGACCAGUGCGCGACUAG